AUGGCCGACACUUCCGAGGACCAAGCUGGCCGUCCAGCUCCAGCUCCUGCAGACCCCCUUCUUCCAUGCGAUGCAUGUCGGCGACGAAAAGUGAAAUGUUCCAAGAACGAACCAUGUGAUAGAUGUGUUUCCGCGGGGCUGAGGUGCACAAGGGACAUUGCGCGGAAGAAACGAGGACCAAAGAAAGGAUCAGGUUCGGUCAUUGCAAAACUGCGAGAUGAAAAUCAUCAAAACUCGCUACAAGACCCGAAUCUCCCUCUAUUCGAUCUGUCUCAAUUACAAUUGCAGAUGCCAUCUCUGAAUAGGGCAUUGACCAACGACAGUCCUUUGGGGUCCCCUUUGACGUCUCCGACGAGCUCACAUUUUGGUGACACGUUUACUCCAACGUCAGAUCCGACAACCGCACCACGAUCGAUCCCCGUGCUGCCCGAUGAAGUUGAGUUGGAACCGAACUCCCAUACAGCAUUUGCUCAAGCAGGCAUUCAACUCCCUGCAUCAUGGCAGAUGCAAACCUCCGAACUCCUGCAAUUCCAGGCUCCUAUUUCUCCCACGGGCUAUAUGUCUGUCAGUGAUUUGGCUCAACAGAUCUUUCCCGAAGCUCCCCUACCUGUUACAAAUAUGUUUCCUGCCAGGUCCAAUACACAGACGCCUUCCAGGACUUCAACUCCACUCACGAAGCCUACCUCUUUGGACGCGAUGUUGACAGGCGGCGCACAAUCCGGCGCACCUUCCCCAUCUGCCACGUCCACGAGCUCACCGAUACCAUUACACGAACCAAAGUCUCUGUAUGGUAGCGAUUCAGGUAAUUUUCAGAGCGAACCUCGAAUUCAGAGCCUCGCUACCGAAUUAGGAAUGUCGGCGUAUCUUAUGUCACAAUGCGUCCGUCAAUAUUUCAGACACCUUUAUUCGAUACGACCGAUGAUUCACGAAACCUCAUUUCUCCAACGACUCAACCAGAACGAGGAACUAUCUAAUGAAGAAAAAAUUCUCAUUCUAUCACUUUGUGCCACGACAGUUCUUCACGCCGCACCGCAGUCGGAUCUGCCGCUAGACAAGAAAUUGCAACUCGGAAAACAAUUUGUAGAGCUAUGCUGGUAUCUACGACGUUCUGUGGACUGGGCAGAAUCAACUUCAUUAAUGUCGAUACAAGCAAGCUAUCACAUUAGCGUCGCCCUCUUUGAGCUCAAGAAACCACGAGCUCAUCAUUUCUACCUCCGCGAGGCCAUUGGAAUGGCGAUGGAACAGGGCCUUCAUCUCGAAUCCACCUACGUUGGCAUGGACGAAACGCAAGCGAUCUGUUCCCGGCGUACGUUUGCUCUGCUAUUCAUCACUGAACGCGGCCUCGCCAUCCUUCGCAAUAAACCCACACAAAUCACGCGCCUACCACGUCUCUCGACAGAAUAUUUUGACGAGCAAGACGGGAUCAUUCUCGCCGGCUUCUCCGCCUUAGUCAACCUCUUCUCCAUCCUCGACGAGAAGUUCGUUCGUCUGUGGAGUGCCACGUCUCCAUGCGAAGUAUCCCAGAUAUACGAAACCAUCGACAACGUCAUUGCCAUUCAGCACUCACUGAACGAGAUGUCGUUCGACCGCUCCGCCAUGACAGACAUUCAAAAAGCCGACGUCCUAAUCACACACCAGUGGUUGCGUCUGAUCUUCUGGCAAGCCUCGAUGCGGCAGGGGCUGGUCAGCUACAGCUCAUCAGAUCCCAUUUUCUCGUCGUGGUAUCCGAUUGACAUCGCCAAAAAUCUGUGUACCGCUAUGACCGAAAUCUCAUACGAUGCCAUCCUCGUCCAUGGCCUCGGCAUCUUCGAGAAACUCUUCGAGGUUGCAUAUACUUUGAUGGACGCCCUGACUAUCGCGAACUUGAAUUGGUCCGACAGCCGGGAGUUACGGUACCUCUUUGACGUGCUGAGUGCUAGCCCGAAUAGUCAGAAUACGUAUGUCAGGAUGCUACAGACCAAGAUUGAGAGUGAGAGAAGCCCUGCGACUAGUCCGCCUAGAGUGGUGUAG